AUUUAGGUUGUGAAACUGAAUUUAUUAAUAUAGUUAAUGGAUUUAUCAAUCGUAAGAAAAAUGAUAUUGAUGAUACAAAUGAUAAAAAUAAAGAAAAUUUGAGCAUACAAGAUAAUGAUCAUAUGGCACUUGAUGAUAUAGGUGAAAAUACAAGCAAACAAAAAUAUAUAUGCAAAGUUUGUGGGGAAUCCGAUCAUAAUGCUAGAAAUAAAGCAAAAUGUAUCAAACAGGAUCA